UCAAAUUCAAUAUUAACUUUUAAUCGUAAAAAUAUCAGUCGUGUUUUCUGCUCUGCCAUUGCAAAGAGUGAAAAGAAUGGAAAUUUCCGAGAUAGAAAGGAAAUUAAUAUCCUGUUGAAAUAUCCUCCUCAAGUAAACUUUAAUAUUUCAAAAAAGACAAAUAAAAUAAUAAUUAGUUGCACUGCAUCUGGUGGAAAUCCAGCAAAUCAUAAAUAUGAACUGAAGCAAAAAUGGGGAAACACCACUAAGAAUACUUAUGAUAUAAAAGUAUUAUCUAUAAACAAUCCUUCCUUCAGUAAUACUGGUACAUGGGAGUGUCAUGUAAGCAAUGAUGAUUUUAUUGUGAUUAAGUCAUCAAACUACAAAAUUUCAGUGAGACCUAUGUUCAGUUCAGGAUCAAAUUGUCCAAAAAAGAGAAAUGUUUCCAAUGGAGAAACUGUAAUUUUGAAACAGUGUUUUUAUUCGCAUCCAAAAUCUGAUGUAAAAUGGCAGAAAAAUGAGGAAUCAAUUGACUCAAACAAAUAUUUAAUAACUGAUUAUUUACAAGAUGAGUUUCCUUUCAAAGGAAGCUGUACUAGUUUGAAGAUAGAAGACACCAAAGAUGAUGUUAUAGAUACUUAUACCUUAACAGUGGAAAACUCAGAAGGAAAAGAAACUGUUGUUUUUACUUUGAGAUAUAAGAAAAAGCAAGAAAUACCUAUGGAAAUAAUUAUUGGUUGCAAUGUCGGAAUUGUAUUAUUAUUAAUAAUAAUGGGUCUUACUUAUAUAUUCUACAAAAGAAGAGGUGUUAAACGCAAUAAAGAGACUUCAUCAGCAAAAGGUACUGAAGAUAAUUAUGUGACUAUUUCAGAUGAAGCUCUCAGUACUGAAAAUAAUUAUGCAACUAUUCCAGAUGAAGCUCUCACUAAUGAAGAGCAAUAUGCUGAAGCUAGUGGGCCCAGUUAUUUAGAAUUGAAACCAGCAGACAUGAAGAUUUCUUACGUUAAUGUUUCAAGGAAACCUGAUGAUGCUGUGGAAGAACAAUGUGCUGAGGUUAGCGAGCCGAAAUAUUUAGAAAUGGGACAACGAAACACGGAUGGUACUUACGUUAACGUUUCAAAGAAACCUGCUGAACCCUGAUAGAAUAAUAAACAAUAAAGGAAAAAAAGAUCCAUAACUGUUAAAAGAAUUAUAUUCUACAUUCCAGACCAAUAAAGAGAAGGUAAGUCAUAUAAAGUCAAAUUAGUCAAUAGUCAAGUUGCGGCAAGUCUAAUAGAGAGAAUGAAACUCAAUGGCAGGUUAGCUUUGUUCUUGCAUGUGGUGUGUAGUUCUUGCAUGACCUUAAUUGCUCACUCACAGCAUUAAUUGCUUCUGCUGAUCUUUAGUUUUGAGGGCUCUUGUUUCCAGUGAUUUGUCAAGCAUAUCAAAGAAGUCUUGUAGAGUAGUAAGGUUUGUGAUAGCUCUGCAUAAUCUUCAGCUCUAUACACUUGGUCACUGAACCAGUGGUCUGCCCAGUCAUAUGAGAUGAUCUAGCAGACCAUCUGCAAUCUCUCACAUGUGACGUAAGUAAAAAUAUAAGAAGGGCUAGGAUUGUUUGCAAAUUCCAUCUGGCAUUACUGAUGUUUGGAAUUUUCUGAAACUUGAUGAAAGGGAUGUCUCUCUUUCCAUGGAAGAACUUGAAGGCAUGGGUUAAGUGAAACAGAAACUUCAUAUCUCUCCAACCAGC